UUGGUAAAAAUGUGUUUUAAAGUGAAAAAACACGAUUUGAACUAUAGUCAGAUAUGGUGAGUUUUGAUAAACAUGUGAUCUUUGGAGUUGUUUAUGAAAAAAAGCCUUAAAUGUCAAUUCGCUAAUGCUAACAGGCCUACUAGCUGUGUGAAACAAAGCCUGACCCAUUGGAUGCGAAUAGCCUCGACUAGCACCGAUUGGAUGUGCUAGCGAAUCAGAUACACAAAGAAUGAGACGACAUGCUUUAAUGUUAUUGUACACUAAUGUUCAUCUAAAAAGGAAAUAAGAAAAAUUUCUAAUCACAAGUAAAAUGGAGGUCAUUUAAGUUAAUUUUGUGGUAUAUAUACAGUACAUAUUGGUACAGUAUGAUGCUGGUAAUGUUUUAUUUUGCUGCUGAUUGUUUGGAAUGGGUAAAGAACCAAAAUGGACAAUAUAUAUAUGUUUAAAUUUUAUUUUGAUAUGAUUAUUUCCUGUAAAAUAACAGUGAUGUGCUAAUCUGACCCUAUAAUCUGUGCACCUGUCUCUGAUUGCUUGUCUGCAUGGCUCAUCUGAGGGAGAUUUCUCAUUGGCUUCCGCAAGAGAUCAUCAAUCUGACUGGAUCCGCAUCACCUGGUGCCAGGAUCCACCCAAUCAGGAGGAGAAUUAUCAAGAACCCACACCUUUGAGUCUGGUUUAGAUCGUACUAUCAGAGCUGAGUUGUCCGAGAGAGUCUAUUCGCAUGUGAGUGCAUUCUUUCAACACAUUUUCCUGGUGUAAUACCUUCUCGGUUUCUUCUCAUAUGGAGGCAGCCGCCUCGAACGUGCACACUUCCUACGGUUUAGGACCUCGAGGUCCAAACCUGCAGCAUGGACCUCAGCCGGGCUGCCAUGAGGCACACACGCCGGCUCAAGAACCUACCGGAGGGCCACGUCUUGAGGAGCAGCAGCACCACAAGCCGCUCUUCUACAUUCAGCCAUCUCAGCCUUACCUGCCUUUGCAGGGCCUGCAAUGGCCGCUGCCCUUGGCCAUGCCGGUCGGCUACAAUCCAUACUACGGCUGCCACGCUUUAGGUUUUGGUAUGCCAAUGAUGCCUCACUACCAGCCCAAUCCUUACAUGGACCCUCCAGGCUUUGUCAUGCCCCACUCCCACCUCCACCUGGUGGACUACAGGCGUAUGCUGAACCCCCAGUACUACCAGACCAUGGCCUACCACGCCCGCAGGUACCGCUACCAGCACAACGGGCCAGCUAGAGAGGUCACCAACUCGGAGGUCCAAACGGAGCCACUGUGCAGUGCCCAGACAACCAGCACACCUGAGUCAAGUGACCCGGAAGCCUCGAGGGCCCCCUCCAGUCAGCCCCUCUCAACGGCCUCGACUGUGCAGAGUAAUGAGCGUUCUCCAGACUUUAAGGACGUUGGGGCUUCUUGCUCUGCCAGGUCGCCUCCAAACGGAAGCUUUGUCAUCCAGACGGAGGAGGUGAGAAUCGAAUGCUGCACCACGCCUGUGGGACUCCAGCUUCUUCAUUCUUGUGAAACCGCUGAGGUCUCCCAUGGGUUUUCACAUGAGAUUCCACCAGGGGACAGGUCGGGUAUUCCUGAAGAGCAGUUGGAGCUGACACGUCAAGCUUGUCCUGACAUCCUGUUGGUCGGGACUCCCACUGAGAAGAUCCCGGAGCUGGAAGAGUCCAAGAACCACCCAGAUGGAUUCACCAAGGAGAGGAGAAAUGAGGAAGAUCUACAGAUGUCCCCAAACGGUAUUUCGUCUGAAGUUGUUGGCUUGACGUUUGAUCCCAAUCAUCUGCAGGAGCAAGCGGUCGGGUCAAUGGAGGAAACUUUGGUUCCUUCCCCUGAUCCACUAGUACAAACCCCCGCCACAGAAGAACAUGGUGAGGUGUCGGCUGACAUUCCUCCAGAAGAGGCUCCCACUGUGGAGGGUCUUCAGGAUUGGGCAGAUUGCUACAUGGACAAAUCGCAAGUAGAGGAUGUUCUUCUUAAACCUGCCCCGCUUUCAACAGGUAGCUCUCCUCAUAAGGAUGAUAAAACACAACCUAGACAAGAUCCAAACUUCCAGGACCACCAGGACACCUCAUUCGAGUCCUUACCAGCCUAUCUUCCCUCAAGCAGCUGGUUAGCUGACUUUGAUAACAUCUACCAUUGGAGCAGGAGGCCGCCCACUCCCAAGAAGCACAACAAACCUGUGAGCAGGACGGCCUUAGAUGUUCCUACCAGGAGAAAAAAACUAGACCUGAGCCAGCCUUCAGUCCAUAAGCCAAAGGAGAAGUACAAGCCGAAAGGCAAGGUGGAUCGGCGAAGUCUCUCUGACCACGAGUGCUGCCUCACAAGAACAUUCAACGAGAACAUCUUUGCUGCUUACAAAAGUGACAGACUUUGCUCAAGAUGUCUGGCUAAACCCGGUCCAGGUCUCGAUGGGCGUGUUCUAAAAAGAAAAGCCGUCCCCUUCCAGCAGUGCAACGAGGCCCUCCAGCCGACGUGUGACGCCUGCAGGUUUCACACCAAGAAGCGACUCUUGAGGAAAGGCUCUGUCCCGGAUGUUCGAUGUCCACGUCACGACACGGAGGGCGAGUCCUCGGAGAACGGCACACGUGGCACAAGCCUCAAGUGGAGACCUGAGCAGAAGAGGCCUCUGGGCUCCAAACAGAACUUGGACCAAGAUCCUCCUGCCAUGAGGGAGAAGAACUGCACAUGUGAUGAAACUCUGCAUGUCCAGCGUCUGCGCCACUGUCCCCACGGCAACGCCAUCCGAGAACUGGACGAGAACUUGCCCGCAUCAUCUCAGGACAGAUGGAGACCCACAGACCAGGUUUACUGGACACACAAAUGGCAGACAGAGAAGUCAUGGAAAACUGUAACGACCAUUCCCGAAGUCUUGAAUGACACCAGAUCACAGCAUUUGAACAAACACAAGACGUCACAAUCACAAGGAACUCAUAGAAAAGACACCCGAUGUUGAUUUUGCACAAGAGCACAAUUCAAUGACUUGGGGAAAUCACUUUUAAAGAUUUGUACACUUAAAUUAUUUUCACUUUUAUAUCUAUUUAUCACAAUGUUCACUAUUUAUUAACCAUCCAAUAAACACUGAACUAUA